AAAGAAAAGGCAAAUGUGUUAUAUAAUGGAACAUCUCGUCCUGCAAGAUUAAAAACUGCAUGCAAGCAAGUUUUCAUUUGUGAUUCUUUCGAUACUCUAACCUUGCAUUCGAAAGUGUUUCGUUAGCCGUGGAUACGUGGGGAACAAACACACGUGCAUCUCGUCGCCGAGAGCUGUUCCGAAGGAGAACGAGUUUGUCGCGAUCUCUCUCGGUCUUUCGCUAUCGGCCAAUGGAGACCGCGAUUUCGGUCACACCCCCACUCUGCCUCCGUGCAUUGGCUGAUCGCUUGGUCGCGAUGUCGCUGACCCGCUUUUGAAAUUCGGUAAACAUCUCUCGCGAGAGCCAAUUUAACUCUCUCGACGAAGAUAAUACGUGUACGAUACGAGGAAAAAUCAACGAAUUUCUCUCGCGCACGGACUUCCACUACAAAUAAUUAAUAAGACAAUCUUUUCCAUUUGUAUUCUCCCGAUUGCACGCGUCUAUCGUUUUGAGACGAAGCCUUUCAACAAAAACAAACUAGCUGAAAGAGAUGAGAGAGCGAAGGCAACGCGCGCCCGCGAACCGCAUCGACAUAUGUGACGGUAUGAUUGAAGGUUAAAGGGAAGGAGCAAUCUGACGAUAUAAAGUCUCAUUCGCGCAGGAUGCAACGAUUUGCAACGACGAAAUGAGAGAUGGAAGGAAGCGGCGACUUCGGAAGUUCGGAAUAUGAUGAUCGAUUGGACGAAGAGGCGGCAAAAAGAAGAUUGGCGACGUAUUUACACGAGCGCACGGCAACGGGAAGGAGGGGGAUGAGGCGCGCAUGCGCCGCUCGUCCGAUGGCUUCCCGGCGCGCGUAGCUACGUAGUGUGGCCAUGCUUGUUGCACGUCGUGAGACCCGCGUCCGUUAUGUCGAGCGUAUGCCGAGUUUAGCCGAGUUGUAAAUAAACGGUCCGCUAAUCGAUAUUUUUCUCGGAAUAAUAUUCGCUGUCGAGAGUAAGUGAUUAUCGUGAAGUAUCAAGUUUCAGCGUAGACGGAGACGAAUUGUGAGAAAGUAGAGGAGAGUACUCCUGUGCCGAAAGAAAGACAAAUUUUCUCUUUCAUUUUAGAAGAGCAAGUUGCCGAGAGUAAAAAGAAACAGUGCCACUUCAAUGCAUUUAAGCAAAAGUGCUGUUUGAUCUUCUCGAGAACGUGAACAGUGUUAAGUCCGGGAGAAGAAGUUGGGUGAACGUGUGCCGCUGUGCAGGGGAGCACGGAUAUCUCCAUUUUGGAAAAAGAGAAGCAAGUGAUCGUGAAGCACACGAGCAUCGUUCGGCGACGGUGUUUUUCGUUGGCAUCGAAGCUGCGCUGCUUCCAUUAAUCUCAAGAUUCUCGAAUCUUGAUCUCCCCACGAUUUUUCAGCAAAACAUGAAGCUGGUCGCGCGCACGCUCAAUAUAAUUAACGAUCGUGAUUACUUUGAUACACAUUCGAUAUUUUCGUGUCUGUUACUUCGACCAUAUUUCUUGGACACCUUGUCUACGUCCGUCUUACUUCGCAAACUUCAGAAACGAUAGUAGCUAGCGCAACAAGCAGGAUGUUCAGUUUUCAUAAGCCAAAGGUGUACCGAUCUAGUAAGGGUUGUUGCAUUUGUAAAGCUAAAUCUAGCAGUUCAAGAUUUACAGACAGUAAAAAGUAUGAGGAUGAUUUUAUGCCAUGCUUUCAACUAGAAGAAAGACGUAGUGGAGAAAUCUGUAACGCAUGUGUGCUUCUAGUAAAAAGAUUCAAGAAACUGCCUCCAGGAAGCAAUCGUAAUUGGAGACACGUCGUGGAUGCACGUGCUGGACCUGGAAUCAAGUCGUUGACAAAAUUCAAGGCAAAAAAUAAAAGAAAACUAAAGGUUUUGAAACCUGAAAAAAUUAUUAAGAAGAAGCAUGUCUAUCUAAAAACAGAGGCAGAUCGGGAGCAGAGUCCAACCAUAAGUGAUGACUUAAUAAUUGAAGUUGGAGAAGACUACGGAUUAACAGAUUGCAAAACUUCGAGCAGAUCGGAUACCUCGGACGAGGACGAUGUUGUCACUGACAAACAGUUGGAUCUUCCUUCCGAAAACGAAGAUGUGAAGGAAAGCGAUUUUAAUUUCAUCGAUUUGUCAUAUUAUAAGAGGGAGAUCAUCUGUUGCGGCAGCAUUUUCAAAGGCGCGUACGGCGAGAUCGUGAUACAUGCGUCUUUUUUCAAACCGUGCACGAGUUGCCUCUCCAGGCGGCAACUUCCUACCUCUUCCGCGUCCGCCAGUCCCAUCCACAGUUCUGCAUCCGCCAGUCCUGCUCACAGCGACGAAUCCACAUCGUCGAGCUCGGAAACAAGUUCCAAACAAGGUACCAAGACUUUUAGCGAUUCGUCAUCUGAUGAUUCCGGUUACGACGAAUCCUCCAAUCAAGACGAAAGCAAAUUAGCGAAGAAUGUUCAAGUUAAGGAAGACGUGGAGAUAAUGGAAGAAGAAGCUGUGAGGCCUGUCGAGCUGGAUAAACUAUCGAACAGCGGUUCGUUGCAAGUCUCCAAUGUUACUAAUCAGUCGCUCCAGUUGGUUUCCAAUUAAUGUCGGUCCUUUGUAGAGGAGUAAUUUAUUGUGAAAACAUACGUAGAUAUGUUUAUGCAUAUACAGGGUGUUUUUGAAGAUUAUUAGAGAAUUUUUUAAUUUAAUUUCAGUGCUAAUGCAAUUGUAAAUGCAAUUUGUAAUAUAAGAAAUUUUCACCUUUAAGAGAUGUUCGACAAAAGCUUCGAAAUUUUAAUGUGAUAAUGUCUUCAACAUAUAAAGGUUUCUUUUCCCUCCAAUUUGGAUAAUCACUGGAUAACUUUUUAAUUCAAAAUUCUGUCAGAUUUUCGCCCUAAGAGAUUUUUUAAUUUGAGAAUUUUUCGCCGCUAAAAAUUUCUUUUUAAUUCCGAAAUACGUAAAAAACGGGUUUUUGACAUACCACUCUUACCUUUUUUUUUCUUUAAUCCUUUAAAUUCUUGGGAUCCCUCACUGAUUUCAAUUUGCAGACAAUUUUUCCGCGUGGAAAAUGUUCGAAUUUUAGCCCUGUGAUAAAUGGGGUUUUCGAGACUUUACUUGCAGCAUUUAUAUUGCUCCUUUUUAGUGCAUAAUAUUGUUGUUAUUAUUAUUAAGCGUUAAUACUAAAGCGCCUAAUAAAUGGUGCUUAAUGAUAAUUAUAAUAUUAGGAACAAUAAUAACAAAAGAGAAAAUUUCUUUUCCAAGGUUUCACACACAGAAUAUUCUGAAAUCAACAUCUUUCAGGAUUAAAGGGAUAUUUAUAGCGCGUAUGAAGGAAAUGUUGUAUUCGAUAAACGUGAUAAGUUGUACAAAAUUAUGUAAUUUUUCUUUUAAAGUCGAUAUUCGAGAUGUCGGUAGAAAAAGUCUCAGGAUUUUUAAGUAUGUACAUGUACACGCACAUACAUGAUUUUGGAGAUUUACGAGACGAGUUUGCCGAGUAUGAAACUGUUUAAAACAAAAGUGUGAAAACUACUAACAACGUUCUCGUUGUAUCCCUCUAAAUCUUGCAACUUUUGUCGGAAAAAGUAUUUUUUUGUAAAUUGAUACAACACAUACAUAUAGUGAUCUUGAUCGCCCUGUAUAUGCGGAUAGAUUUAAGCUUAGGUUAAUCAAGUGCACCAUUCCCCAGGCAGCAAAAUGAUUCCGAAAAGGUUUAAAUCUUUAUUAAAAGUUUGAAGGUUUAAACGGCAUUUGGAUGCAAUUUAGUGUGUUAAGAAUGGUGAAGGUUUAUUAACUAUAGCGAUAGACUGAUGUAAACCGCCAUUCCUCGAGCCGAUAAUUUUUAAGUCUUAUUAAGAUUUAGCGGUAUAAAUAUACAUCAAAGCACUGUGAUGAUAUUGUAAAGUAAGAGAUUGCUCAGAUUUCUUACGCCGAACCGUGGUCCGAGCUGGCGGUUUACGCUCUCGCCUUUCUAACACAUCAAGUGCCACCGUUUAAGGGGAAAGAUGUACGCAAGGUGUGCUGAAACAACCGAAAGCAAUGUUAAAAGUACAAAUGUCCGAAGGAAAUGGUACAAACAACGAUAUCUGUAUGAUUUGUAAAAAAAAAACAAAGAUAUCGAAUCUCGCAAGAAUUGGAACACAAAAUGUGAAAAACUUGUACGAUUGAUCGAGAUUAUGAAAUCUCAUUUCGAAGAAGACUGAGAAAUAAUAUCAGAAUUUUAAUUAUACAUAUCUUUUGUGCAAAAUGUUUUCAUAAUUCUUAAUAUAACGAACAUUAUCAUAUAUUUCUUUGAGUAUCUUUGCCGUCAAGAAUAAAAAGUAGUACUACAUUAAUACAAAAAAAAAAGAAGAAAAACCCAAUCUAAAAUAUAUAACAUUUCUCGUACGCACGGUGGUUGUUUCGGGACAUCUUAUACAAACUCCAAGCUGCCAAUCGAUUCUCAUCCGGGUCCAAAAAGAUAAAGAGAAGACGAAGGAAGCGAGUUUUGCAUUUACUUCCGAAUCACAACGCUCCAUGACGUAUAAAUUAAGUAACAAUGAUCAAUGACGAUCCAGAUCGAUAGCAAUAAACGAAUACAAACGUUGAUACAGUGGGGCGAUUAAGUCUGGAUAAAGUCUGUUUUUAGUCUAUAUUUAGGCAGUAUUAGUAGAAAAAUCACCGAGAUAGAAAGAUCUAGAUAGAAAAAUUGAAAGUGGCAAUCAGAUUGGCAAACUGGACCAGCAGACUUUUCUUUAAUAGAUAACUUUAGGAGAUAUGAUACUUAUAUUUCUAAAGAGAGAGAGAGUAAGAGGAAUAAGUAAAAACUGUUAGUUCCUAGUUAAUAAAGAAGAGCUGGGCAUGCUUCGAUUGCACGUUUAGCGCAAAGUUGGUUUAAAUUAUUUCUUAUUUUGCUGGUAUUGUAGACCACGUUACAUCAUCUGUUGGAUUUCGCGUCAAUUUGAAAUCGAUUUUUCCGUAACAGAAAUGAAAAAUUGAUUGCAAAUUGGCCAAAAAGUCUCUAAAAUAACGAAAACCGCUCUGUGAGAGUUUGAGUGUCUCACGCUCAAAUCGGGGCCUAUGAGUUUUUAUUGAACAACGGAAGGGAGGAAAAUAGUCGGGAAUAUGUGUUUCUGACCUAAAAAUGAGAAACAGUGAAAAUAUAACGGUAAUACAAGUGCAGAUACGAAACAUUUAUCGCGAAUGACCAUCUCUAGUAAAAGGAAUUUUAAUGAAAAUCAUUUUCGACUAUUUUCUUGGCAUUUUAGCGCUAAACGCGGAAGAGAAAAACGGGCUAAAAGGAUGUACAAGCCGAGUACCUGCUGAGAACAAGCCGCAACUGUGAUUGUAGGGUUGUUUUCAGGAUUUUUUCCGUUCUAAUUCUACGCACAAGAACAAGAAACAGAUAAAAAGAAAAUUGAGAAUUUAUUUGACAAAAUUCGAGCAUGGCUGAAGCGAAAUGUCAAUUGCGAUUACUCGAAAUUAUUGACGUCUGUUUAAUAUAUUAAGUUGAUGAAAGAAUUUGCUCGCGUUUUUUAUUUCCGUAAAGAAGAAGAAUGAUCAACUUAAUAUUUAAACGGGUCUGUUACAGCGAGGAUUUAUGUAUCCGUGGAAUUGAAGAUCGGAGUUAUUAAAGAAUCAGUUAAGCCGAAAAUUGAUUGUUAGACGGCUCAAAGAGUCAUGGUAUUGACAAUUAGUUUUCGAAAAUGUAUUAGGAUUUGCGUUUCAUUCGAUUUGCGAAAAUCGUUAGGUUCAGUUUUUAAAGUCGCAUACACGUUGCAUUUAUUCGGUAUAAUAUAAAAGUACUUAAGUGUUUAGAAGUGUUGUAUAUAAUUUAUAAGAUUUAUAAGAUAAGAGGAACCAUGGAUCUAUGAAUCGUAUUAUUGCGGAAGGAGAAGCGAACAUGAUAAUUUUCGGCUUAAUAAUUGGAUCUGAUUAAUUGUAAACAUAAGAAGCGUGCAAUAGACAUUGUCGAUCCCGUCCAGCGCUAAGUGAGUCUUUAUUUUCUAUGUUACCCAACAGGAAUCGAAACUUAGAGCUGUUCGAGGAACGUUCUUCCAAAAGUAUAAUAAUCAAAGCUUUUGUGGUUUGACGACAUUGGAUACGACGGCGGAUCCAAAAGAAGAGAAAGUCAAUUUGUUUGAAAAUUGAGAAAUCUAAAUUAUUAAGUAUUGAGUAAGUUGUAAAAAAAUUGAUUGAAACGAUGAGAAAUGAAAUGAAUUGCGACUACGCGUAAUCGCCGGCGAUUACGCUGUGAUGAAUCGUUUAUAUGAAUAUAGUUAUCGAAGUCCUCUUGGAGUACAAGAUUCUGACUGGAUUCGCCGUUUAGACGCAAACCGUGUUGUCGGGGAAAAUAGAGGGAAAAGCUCGUUUAAAUUGCCCAUUGUUCUUGCGAAGGCUCAUCGACAAUCGUACAAUAACGUAACCAGGAAGCGAUAACAGUUUUUUCAUAAUCAAUUUGCAAUCAAACAUCGAAAAGUCUCUGAUCUAUCAGAGGACAAUGCAAACCGCCUCGUCCUAUGAUAUAUCAUACAUUUGUACAUUUCUUGUAUGAUCUCCUACGACUUUUUUUUAUAUAUUGUGAGAUAAAAUAUCGAUAAUUAUGUUGUCUACCUAUUAUAUGAUUUAUUGCAAUUAAUAUAUGCGAUUAUCAAGGCUGGAUUAUGUAGGAAAUGUAAACUUAUAUUUAAACUCAAGCUAGCAUUUAAUAUUUUUAUAAAUAUUUAAAUUUAAAUUUACAUUUAAAUUAAAGAUUUAGCAUUUAAUGUAUUUAUAAAAACGUAAGAGCCUCUUUCAGUAAAACCCGAAAAAA